AUGCUGACCGGCAGGUACUCACCUUCAGACGCUGCUGUCCCCUCUUCUGCGCCCUUCCCGCUUUUUAGAAACGGAAGAGAAGGUGGGACCGCUGAUGUUGAGCGCCCAACAGGCCGGUCGGUGUUGCUUGAGUCGCCGUUAUUUCGGCAUGCGCCUUCGGAGUCUAGGACGCUGCAUAGUGGUGCACACACUUUCCUGUCGACGAAGGCGUUAAUUUUGCUUGAAGCUUUGCUCCUUACAUUCGUUGUUUUUCAGUGCUUCCGCUGGUUAACAGAAGGCGCAGGACGCGUAGUGAGACGCGUAGCUGAUGGAAGAGAAUUUUUGCAGCCAUGCGGUCCCCAUCACAGCUCAAGCAGGGGCAUUUCGGCAACGAACAGUGAGGGAAGAGGCACGAACGUUGCAGCUGGGAACAGUCAAGUUGCGGGGGCCCCUUCCGCGAGAUCCGCGACCUCUAACCCUACAGACACAGCUCAAUUCCCUGGAAGGCAGAGUGGCGGGGUUUACAUGCGUCCGCGUGAGGGUGACGAAGUGGAUGCUUCCCAACAGCAGGAAGGGGCUGCUGCGGGUGUGCAGCAAGCCGACGCCCCCGCUUCGAUGCCGGGUCCUAGACUGCGCACGGGGUUGACACCUUGGUAUAGAAGGGACCAAUACCACAACCUCCACACAGUUCAGCCAUCUGCGUUCAACCUUUCUGAAGAUGACGAGGCUCUCACGGAAGCCUUAAAGAAUUUAGUGGACCUGGCACGUAUGAUGGAAACUAUUAUUGAAGUCUUAGAUACUGAAGACGCUAUUCGUGUUUGCGCAGCAGUGCUAGAGCUUGCGUCUGUUGAAUUGUCAUGCAUGAGUGUGCUUAUUCACACAAGUCAAGCACACAUGACUAACGCAGCUAUUCAGGCAUUCUUACAAAGCAGUGACCUUGAGGAAUGGCUGCAGGGUGAAUGCAUUCGUGGAUGUCUCAGUGCGGCUGCACACCACCAUUUUUCAUUGGCGCGGACGCUCCUCUCAGCACAGCUCCUGCCGCCCCCCCGUCUUGGUUCCACUGAGGAGGAGGCAGAAGUGCAAUUGUUGGUUCUCGUUAGUGGAACGAAAGCCUCAGCAACUUUGGCCUAUCUCUUGGCUAGCUCCUUGGUUCAAAGCACUGGCGGCGGACGCCGCAGACCGCCUCGUCCUCUUGUGGAUACCUGUGUAGCUACUCUAGAAAGAUUAGUGUCAGCCCGGGUGGAGCACGUAAUGACGUGUCCCGUGACCUCAUAUCGGCUCCUUAUGUACCAUUCGUCAAUAACGAAUAAUUCUGAUCCGUUCACGACCGAGUACCCUGUUGGCCAACCGCUGGUAUUGCUGAGUUCCGCAGAAGCACAUCGAAGCAUUGACAUAAUAUUUUCGAGUGCCGCCGGAUAUUUCAUGCAAGCUCAACUCCAGGGUGAUUCCAUUCCCCAGUAA